CACGUGCCCCCAGGCCACGCUCUAGGGGCGGGACUCAGGGCGGUUUGAAAGGUCGGCGCGCAACGCAACAGCGGCGGUCGGCCUUGCUGCUGAGAUGUCGGUAUUGAGGCCACUGGAUAAGCUGCCCAGCCUGAACACAGCCACCAUUUUGCUGGUGGGCACGGAGGAUGCUCUUCUGCAGCAGCUGGCGGACUCGAUGCUCAAGGAGGACUGCACCUCCGAGCUGAAGGUCCACUUGGCAAAGUCCCUCCCUUUGCCCUCCAGUGUGAAUCGGCCCCGAAUUGACCUGAUCGUGUUUGUGGUUAAUCUUCACAGCAAAUACAGCCUCCAGAACACAGAGGAGUCCCUGCGCCAUGUGGAUGCCAGCUUCUUCUUGGGGAAGGUGUGUUUCCUCGCCACAGGCGCUGGACGGGAGAGCCACUGCAGCAUUCACCGGCACACCGUGGUGAAGCUGGCCCACACCUACCAAAGCCCCCUGCUCUACUGUGACCUGGAGGAUGGAGCCAGCAGACCCUGCUGUGGCCAACCCAUGAGGCAUGAGAGAAAGAAGAGUCCUCCCUGACUCUGAAGGUUUUGGUGCUGACUGGAAGGACAGAGUUGUCUUUGGCUGAGAUGGGGAAACCUGCAGGAAGAGCAGGUUUUACGGGGCUUCAGGGGCUCUGUUUUGGGCAUGCUAAAAUUAAGGGGUCUGUUAGCCACCUAGGUGGAGAAAUCAAGUAAACAGCUGCAUACAUGUUUGCAUUCACAGGGAAGACCUGGAGGUGUACUUUGGGUGUUAAUAGCAACUAGGUGGUUUUAAAGGCACAGAACUGGAGGAGGUCACCUGAGGACUGAGUGUGGGAGAAGAGACUGAAGGACCAAGCUCUCGAGCCCCAGCCUAUAGAUGUUGGGAAAAGGCGAGGGAGCCCCCUGUGUGGGGGAGGAACCCUGGGUGAGCAUGGGGGUCUGGGAGCCAGGCAGAAAAAGCAUUUCAAGGAGGGAGUAAACAGCAGUGUUCGACUCUGCCAAUGGCGCCAGUGUGGUGAGGACUGAAAUGCUGCCGCUGGGUCUCAUACCAAGGAGGUCAUGCUGACAAGUGGUAGGAGUAAGAGCAGGGUAGUUGAGGAUGCCUUGGUCUCUAGUGCUCCAGUUUCAGUGGGUGGCGACACCCCAGCCUGCCCCCAGCUAUAGAGGAAACAGAGGUGAGAUGCUUCUGCGGCUGCCUGUUGGCCAGGGGAAGACACUGAGCAGCGUCAUGUUCUUCAAACGAACGCGUCCAGAGCAUCUGUGCCCAGGCCUUGGGCAAUCUUGUCCCCCUCUGGCCCCACAGCUCCCCUAAGGCCAUUCCUUUUUGAUGGCACCUUCUUAUCCAUGGUGAGGGCCACCUGCUGUCCCUCCCUCCUUCGCAUCCCUGUGAGCAUCUUAUGCUCCCUGGUCUUGAGCCUUUGGGGCUCCUGCUGCCCAGGUGUUGGUUGGAAGCAGCCCUGGUUCAGAGCUCAGCUCUGCAGUCACUGUGUGACCCUAGAAAGUUCAGUCGACCUAGCCAGCCUGAGCCUUCAUUUCCUCUUGAACAGGAGGUCGGGCUCUGGAUGUCUCGGGAGGUGGUUUGAAGGAUUGGGGAAGCCAAAGCAGUUGGAAGCUACUCUGAGGUGUGGCAUGAAUGAGGGUGUGGCCAUGAUGGGCAGUGGUGCCCUGAGCUGCCCCUGAGUCUCUGCCCCCAGCCCUGCUCUGGCAGCCCCUGCAGCUGCUCUGGGCAAGGGAGCAGGGCCAGCUGCUGAGUUCUGUCUCACCGCUGUUCUCUGCUCUC